CGAAUUUGAACAGAAGUUGUUUUAUACAGCGGUCGGAGUCAGGAAGGGGAGAAGCUUAGUCGGUAGAUUCGCUUCCUUUUGACUUAUCUUUUUGGACAGUUUAGUGUCCUUGAGCUUUUAGAAAUCCAUUAGCCGGCAGAUUAUUCGCCACAAUGGAUCCUUUUACGGAGAAACUGCUGGAGCGGACACGGGCUCGGAGAGAAAACCUACAGAAAAAGAUGGCAGGAAGACCUAAUGCAGCAGAGCGAAAGAUGGAGAAAAGACCUAGAGAGCCUCUGGCUGACAAAAAUGAUGAGAUCAUGAAUACAAAUAUUGCUGAAGUUCCUCAGAGAUCCUCAAAACCUUCUCCGUCCAAGCGCAGGUGCUCAUCAGAAAAUGUUGAGCCUGCAGAGGAAAAGAAUACAAACACACAAACACAACCUACAAUCCCUGUUCUCCCAGAUCCCCCAACAGACAAGAAGCCCCCAAUUGUCCCUGCAUGUGCCCGACCUACGUCUUCCGCAGGAGUUACAGAAGCCCAACUAUUUGCCCAGGCUCAGCCUGUAGCAUUGAAAACUGUCCAGCCUAUGUCAGAAAAUAUUACUGUGACUGCUCCUCCCAAAAUGGAGACGUCCAUUCUCGAUGAAAUCGUUACUGUUCACCCCGUUGUACUGAAGAGCACGGAAGACCCAAUGGAAGUUUCCGCUCCUCCUGCUACUCGUAUGAAGUCACGUCUACAAAAGCUUGCCGAGCAGAGGAAAUGCUGGGAAGGCCCUGACUUGAAUGUUGAAGACUCGGCACCUCUGUCUCGGCUGAGAACAAAUGUUGAUGUCACACCAACUUCAGGCUCCAUCACGCCCUCAGAAAUUCCAGUAAGGCCGAGAGAAAAACUGGCUAUGCUUGCUGCCACCAUUGGAAAUUGGGAAGAUGACUUAAGCCAUGUCAACAUUUCAAAAGAGAAAGCCCCGACAAAGCCGGCUCCAGCUUUUGGUUCCAAGUCAGCCGGCAGAGAUGCAUAUUUGUCUGCCGUUGACCCUGUGGUGACCAGUUCAACGGAGAGGAAGUAUGCACCACUCUCAAAUCAGGCAACAGCCCUCUCAGCAAGGUCAACCCCCCAGAAGACUUGCACCCCUGCAACCAAAUCAACACCUAAUUCAGAAAAAAGGCCCCAGAAGCCCAUAAUACAGGCAGCGGCUGUGCCACUUGAGUCCCAAAAGAAAACUGAAACUCCUGCAACCAACUCAACACCUGAUUCAGUAACAAGACCCCAGAAACCCUCAAGACAGCCAGCGGUUGUGCCAACAGAGUCCCCAUCUUCACAAUCAGUGCUUCAUAGCUCUCUGGAAACUGAUGCUGUUGGCAAUUUUGCCUCCAGUCAUCAGAAAACACAGCUCUGUGCCAAGCCAACAACGUCCAGCCCUGCUGGCCCUCCCGCAAAGAAAACUGUUGGUGGUCCUGGUGUACAGGUAAAGACUUUGCUGGACCGAUUUGGAGACAGAUGCCAGGAGCGCACAAACUCCCCAGCAGGGCGAAGCAUUCAGCAACCCACAGUAAAUCACUUGGCGACACCAAGCAAUAAUCUUGUGCAAAACAGGCUCAUGGCUGCCCAAGCAACAAAAACGACGACAGCUGAUUUCACCCAGAAACAAAAACUGGAGCGUGAGACUGAGCUGGCUCAGAUUCGGAAUCGGCCUCAGGUGAACAAUAUGUGGAAAAUCAUCGGUGCAGGAUCAGAAACCAAGAAAACCACGGAUCUCAAGGAAAAACUUGACAAAUCUGUGGAUAGCAACAUUGCCUUGUUUGAGCCAAAAAAUGACCCAAAACCACCUUCGAUUGAGGCUGCAAAAACCCCUGGAAAAGGCAGUCCUCCAGGUUGCGGAAUCCUUGUUUGUCCCCCAGCCUCCACAUCAAGUCCAAUGAGAACUGCUGCCCACACAGACAAGGACAAAAUUGCUGAUAUUUCCAAACAUAAAGAUCACAAUGAAGACAAGGAAAUAGAAAUGAACGUUGACCAUUCCAUUAACUCAACAGUUAUUAAUGAUCUGUUUGAUGGAGUUCUGGAACAGUCCGAGGACCAGGAUGAUGAUGAUGAUGAGGAGGAAGACGCCUUGAAUAUGUCUUCCAUGUCCCUUCUCACACCACUGGCAGAGACUGUUUCUGCUGUGGUCAAGAGUCCGGAGCGGAUGAUGACGUCAACUCCAGCUAGUUCAUUCAUUGUGAAGAAUAACACUCCAGACAAAGUUUGCCAACCCUCUACCUUCCAGAGACCCAAUAUAAGGAGUACUGCAUCUGACGUGAUUGAUGAGAAUCUCAAGUUACCUUACAGUGUUGAUGCCUACAGGUCUACUCGAGUGAAGGAACACGAGAAACCCAGUGCUCAGGACGUGGUACUGAAAAAAGAGGUUUCUGACAAAGCAGAGGAACUCCGAGGCUCCAGCUUGCUUCGCGUCAAACAAAAGUUGAAGAUUCUCACAAAUGAGAUGAACUUGCAGCAAACGGUCAUCCACCAGGCCAGCCAAGCUCUCAACUGUUGCACAGAUGAAGAACAUGGGAAAGGUUCCCAGGUGGAGGCCGAGGCAGAGAGACUCUUGCUGGUAGCGACUGAAAAGAGGGAGGCCCUCAAGACAGAGCUGCAGCGUCUGAAGGGUGAGGGCCCAGCGGGCCAGAAAAAAACCCCGUUGGUUUCUAAGCCCACCGGCAUCUCAGCCUCCAGGGGCUCCAUCUGUCUUCAAGAGAUACGAUUGCCUCUUAAGGCAGACUUUGUUUGCGCGACUGCCAACAAGCCAGAAUCAAUGAAACAUUCCUUCUUCGUCAUGAUUCGGGCUGGAGCUGAAAACACAGUGGCCACUCCCCUCUCAAGCACACACUGUGGGCUCAGUGGGGAUACGCUAACCUUCCCGACAAAGUUCACCUUAUCUGAUGUCUCCAGCGAGUUUGCGAUUGACAUUGAAGUAUAUUGUCUUGUUCAAAAGCGUGAAAUUAGUGGUGACAAGAAGAAGAAACCCAGCAAGUCAAAGGCCAUCACCCCAAAGAGAUUUCUGGCUAUCACGAAAAGCGGUCAGACACCAGUUCUUGCAAGUCCAGGUGGCCCAAAUGCUGUUCGUACCAGUAAUUUUGUCCUGCUUGGAUAUCACCAUCUCACUCUUUCUUCGAUUGGGGAAAACAAGUUUCCUUUGGAGAAGGUCCCAUUCAUGUCUCCUCUGGAAGGUCACAUCUACCUCAGGAUGCAGUGCCAAGUUGGUUCACAGGUGGAAGAGCGAGGUUUUCUGACCAUGUUUGAAGACGUUAGCGGUUUUGGAGCCUGGCACCGAAGAUGGUGUGUCUUAUCGGGAUAUUGUAUCGCCUACUGGACUUAUCCAGAUGAUGAAAAGAGAAAGAACCCCAUUGGCCGUAUCAAUCUCGCCAACUGCAUCAGUAAGAGGGUGGAACCAGUCAACCGAGAGUUUUGUGCCAGACCAAACACAUUCGAGCUUGUCACAGUCAGACCGCAGAGACAAGACGACAAAGAGACGCUAGUCAGUCAAUGCCAGAACUCCAUGUGUGUUACCAAAAAUUGGCUGAGCGCAGACACAAAGGACGAGCGGACGUUGUGGCUGUCAAAGCUGAACCAGAUUUUGGUGGAUUUGCGCAUGUGGCAACCAGGAGCCUGUUCCAAGCCUCUGUAAAGAAAAACGUAAUGUUGAACAUGUUGAAUGGUUCUUGUUUUAUCUUAUUACAUAAUAUGCUGCAAUAAUUGUCUUGUGGUAAUGUUCCUGACAAAAUGUCCCCCCCAAAAAAUGGAAAUUCAGAAACAUUUGGUGAAUUUCUGUAGUUUGGCAGGUCUGUCUAUUGCAUCCUUUUUGUCAAGUUUUACUUUAUCAGCUUUAAAUGUUUCCUGAACUGUUCAUGUUUUCUUCAGUUCUAUGCACGGAUUUUAAGCAUGUUCUUGUUUGCGGUGUUUGUUUAAUCAUAUUUUUUGUCUCCUACGGGGUGAGGGAGUUCUGGUUCAUGCGACGACACUACCGAUUUGACAUUGAUACAUAAGAGUUUCGUCAGAUUAUAAAGUGGGCGUUGUUACUAUUUGACUCCUUUUGUGAUUCCUAAAUCGCUGUAAAGAAAAUCUGAUUACUGAAAAAAGUUAUUAUUUUCCUUAUGUUAAAUAUUAAUAUUGUACAGCAGAUAUGGAUUUUUAGCAGGUUUGAAAAGAAUACAAGGCCAUUCUUUGGAGAGUUUAUAGUGUGUAACAGACUUUAUAUUUGCUUCGUUACUAUAUUCAAAUUUUCUAUUGUCAUUAAGUGCUUUUUUUUUUUUUUAAAU